GCUACCUCUACCGGCGCCUCGACUUCGCGGCGUCCAGCCAGGUGAUCCGGCGCGUGGACUGCGGCACCACGGAGUCCGUGCCCGAGACAUUCCACGGGCAUGGCAACAAGCCAGCACCGCUCCGAGAGCGCAUCCGCGGCCGGAUACUCGCCGAGGACGUGGUGGAGCCGAAGACGGGAGAG